AUGAUGUUUACUUCAAUUAAUCGUACUGUAUUCGAGAUUCCGUUAACUUGGGAUCGAACACGUUUCGAAGCAUCACGUAAUAAAUGUCGACAAGCUCGAAAAUUAGUCGAAAUUAGUGUUAAUGCACAAUUUAAUAAACAACUUAAAGAAGUUUUUUUUCAAAAACUUGAUAUUGAAAAAAAUAUUACUGAAAGUCAAGAAUGUUUAAUCAAUCAUGAAAAAAAAAUACGUGCAGUUGAUAAUUUAAUUGAUGUAGCAUCUGAAUCAUUGACUGAUUAUUUCGAUAAACGUAUGGAAAAUGUUCGUAUUGCUGUACAAGAACAUUGUAAUGCUAUACAACAAAUUCUUUGUGAAGAAAAUGAUCAUUGGAAAGAAAUUCAUACUGCUAUAGAUCAAAAUCUAAUUACUUCGGAUGAUAUUCAUCGACAUAAUAAUAUUGAUCAAGAAAUUCCAUUAACAAAUAUUCAUACUAUUAAUGAAGUAGACGAAGAAGAAGAACAUACAACAAAAUUAUUAAAUAAUAAAACGGUUACACCAUUAAUAACACAAAUGAUUCGAAACUCGCGAUUACAAUCAAAUCGUCGUUCAACAAUCGAACCUAAUAUUUAUACAUCAACUGAAAAAUUAAUUCCAACCAAAGAAGAACGAUUUAGUGUUAUUUUACCGUUAACUUCAGCUCGUCGAACACUUCCAGUUAUUGAUACAACAUUUGUUGUUAAAGUUGAAGAAUCAAAAACUAACGAACCAAAUGAAUUAAAUCAUAAUGAAAUUUUAUCACAUGAAUCAUAUCAUGAUGAAGUUAUACCAAUUGAGUCUAUACCUACAACAAAUGUUGAAAUAACACCAAGUUAUUCACAACCAAAACCACCAGCUCGAUUAUAUUUUUCACCAACACUCCUUCAAGAUCAUGAAGAAUCAGAACCAAUUCAAAAUGUUCUUUCAAAUAUUGAUCAAAAUCAAACAAAUAUCGAAAAACCAAAAGUUGUAUCUCGUCGAUUUGGUCAAACAUUUUUACUUGAUAAUAUUAAAAUUGAAGACAAUAAUAAAAAUGAAGAUAGAGAAAAUUUACGACCGAAAAUAUCUGAUGAAAUACCAAUGAUUAUUCUUUCGAAUCCAUCAAUAUUAAUACAAAAACAACCUUUAGAUGAAUCUCAUCAUAUAGAAAAUUCUGAUCAACAGAAAUCAAUUAUUUAUUCAAAACGACCAACACGUACUAAACGAACAAAAAUUGAAUCAGAACCAAUACAUUUAACACGACAUGCAACCAAAAAACAAAAUCAACGACAAACUCGAAAACGUAAACAAUCAAUAUCUGAUGAUGAAAAUAAUCAUAAUAAUAAUACCGUUGUUUUACAUAAGAAAAAACCUAUUCCACCUCCAGCAAAAACUAAUACAAGAAAAACAAGAAUAAGAAAACCAAAAGAAAUUCCUAUUCGUGAACCAUCACCAUUACCUAGCAUUGAUCGAUCAAAACAUUAUUCUACUCAUUUUUCAACACGUUCUCAUCGAUUGAAUAAUAUUACUCUAUCAACAACAAGAAUAACUGAUGAUGAUGAUAAUAAUAAUAAUAAUAAUAAAUCGAAAUAUUCAUCAACUCGACUUCGUACCAAAUCUAUGAUACGAACUCGUAGUCAUGAUAAUGAUAGAGAUGAUCAAACGAAUUUAAAAAAACGUUCAAAUCUAAAUAAAAAUCAAACAAAGAAACGUGCAAAAUCAAUGAUGAAUACAAGAAAUCGAAGAAAAUAA